AUUCCUGCUCCAGAUCCGCACCACAAAUUAUAUACAUUCGUUACUGCCUAUGUUUAUUACUGCAUAAAACGAAAGCCAGUUAAUGUGUUUUACCUGACGCGUCCAUCACUUAUGCUACAAGCGUUUAGCACAAGCCUGCGGCACCAACAGACAAGAUGUGGAUUUAAAUUCUCGACGGAGGGCGAUAAAACAACGCGUGCUGACUUCAAUGCCGUGGAUAGUUAAUAUGAUGCAUCCACGAGUACGGAGAGCCCUGUUUUUGAUGUCCGUAUUCUGCCAGCUUGGAAUGGCAGGCAAAUACGGCUGCUUGUUUGAGAAGAGGCUGUGCACUAGGGAGCAGUUCUGCUCUGAGGACAAGAUCUUUGGACAGUGUCGGAGCUCAAGGCAUGAUCAGGUUCAAUACAAGGUCUCUGUUCCUGUUCUUCAGAGACUGCAGGAAGUGCUUAAAGAGUUAAUGAUUCAGGGAUUCUCCUGGCAGGAUGAAAUCACCCAGCACAUCAUUGCUAAGGAGCUGAGCCGUAUUCCUCACACACGCUCCCAAAAGAACCAGAAUGCACAGCCGCCACAGCCUGCAGCUAAGAAGGUCUUUUCUAGCUCGAACUCUGAGCCUGGUCCAGCUCAGAGCUACAUGGAUUACAUGGUCUUAGACCCCCACCAGUCCUCCUCGCUCCGGAUGCAAGCCCUACCAAUGGACCCGUACUCAUACCUACAAGAGGACAUGACGCAUUCAUUCCAUCCUCACAGCAGCAUGGGAUACCAGCGACCACCCUCUCGAACAGGAUCCCAGCAAAAAGACAGAGACCGUCAGCUCCUGGAAGAUGCAGUGUCUCGCUACCUCUCCUCCGCACAACCCCCGUUCCGUCACAGGGGGGCAGCAGCCCUCCCUGCCGCUCCAUACUAUGAGGAUCUAGAUUUCCCUUUGGAAUAUGGAGAGGACUACACCCUACAGGAACAGCCCAGCUCAACCCAGCGUACCAACAAGAAACCCCCUCAGGACUACAGUUCUCUUGCCGGAAUUGAUGAUGAUAAAGUGGCGCAGUUGGCAAGUCUUUUAAAGGGUCUUGGGGUGGACCCACGAGACCUGAGCCCUCAGCAGAUAAAAAGACUUACUCUAGUGUUACAGCUGCUUCAAAACAUGGAGAACACAGAUCAAUCUCCAGGGACAGUCUCUGUAAAAGAGACACUUGUAGAAGGCAGUGAAAAAGUGUCACAAAAAGGAGCCAAACCCCCCUCACCUGUUUCAGCUCUGCCCUCCACCCCACCCCCCCAGCGGACCCCUACUCGGCCCGCAUCCACACCAGCCCCUGCCACUGUGCCCAAGGAAGACAGUGUGGGACCCACCCUUUCAGCAAAAGACGUGGAUUUAAAAGAGAAAACUGCCAACAUCCUGAAAACCGCUAAGGAUGGGACAAACACCCGAGAGGAAUAUGGAUACAUCGUCACUAACCAGAGUCAUUUAAGUCUGUAUGAUGGUGUGAAACUCUUAGAGACCUUGGCAGAGAGAAUCCAUCUCUCCACGAGCAGUUUCAUCAACAUCAGCGUGGUUGGUUCUGCCCUGACGUUCAGGAUCCGACAGAACUCUCUAAAUCUCAGCGCAGAGGAUGUGGCCAAUAAAGCCGUAGCCGAGAAGAAGUUCCUCGAGGGUGAGACAGGUUUGAAAAUCAUCCAGACUGGAGUGGGAGAGAGGAGCGAGGGGCGUGGCUUGCCCCAGGCCACACGGAUAGGGGAGGGGUCACGUGGUGUCAUCCUUACAAUGGUGGCCAUGGCGUGUGUGGGUACGGUGCUGAUAGUCGCCCUGGCGGUCGCCUGUCUCCGUCACCACGCCCGUCAGUUAGCCUCUGGCAAAUUGGGUCUGGGACCAGAAGCUGGUGUGGAAACCCACUUUGAUUACCAGGAGCUGUGUCGCCAGCACAUGGCAGCCAAGUCAUCGUUCACCCGUCCGGAGGCAGGCGGUCGACGGGGGACCGAAACAUCACGAGUCAGCAGUGUGUCGUCUCAGUUCAGCGAUGGACCGCAGCACAGUCCGAGCUCUCACAGCAGCACACCGUCCUGGAGCGAAGAGCCUGCACAGUCCAACAUGGACAUCUCCACAGGACACAUGAUACUGGCAUAUAUGGAGGACCAUCUGAAGAAUAAGGACCGUUUGCAGAAAGAGUGGGAGGCUCUGUGUUCGUACCAGGCUGAGCCGAGCUCCGUCUCUAUCGCCCAGUGUGAGAGCAACAUGGAGAAGAACCGCUAUCCUGACUUUGUGCCCUAUGACCAUUCGAGAGUGAAACUAAAGGCAGAGGUCAACCCCUCCAAAGAGGACUACAUAAAUGCCAGCACUAUAAUUGAUCAUGAUCCACGUUUACCUGCUUAUAUCGCAACUCAAGGACCUUUACCACACACUAUUGCUGAUUUCUGGCAGAUGGUAUGGGAAAAUGGCUGUACUGUAAUAGUGAUGAUGACCGCUUUAGUGGAGGAUGGAGAAAAACAAUGUGAACGUUACUGGCCUGAUGAAGGAUCGUCUUUAUACAACAUCUAUGAGGUGAAUCUUGUGUCUGAACACAUCUGGUGUAAAGACUUCUUGGUUCGUAGUUUCUACUUGAAGAACGUCCAGACUCAAGAGACCCGCACUCUUACCCAGUUUCACUUGCUGAGCUGGCCUGCCCAAGGCAUUCCCACCUCCACACGCCCCCUGCUGGACUUCCGCAGAAAAGUAAACAAGUGCUACAGAGGACGCUCAUGCCCAAUCAUUGUGCACUGCAGCAAUGGUACUGGUAGAACCGGCACUUACAUUCUUAUUGACAUGGUACUUAACCGCAUGGCGAAAGGUGUGAAGGAGAUUGACAUCGCCGCCACAUUGGAGCAUAUUCGUGACCAGAGACCAAGUAUGGUACGCACUAAGGACCAGUUUGAGUUCGCCCUGACAGCUGUGGCAGAAGAGGUCAAUGCCAUUCUGAAAGCCCUUCCUCAGUGAGCCACAUCCCACUGUGUCCCCAUCACAUCCUUUUGACUUGUACUCACCUCUUUUCGUGCACCUCACUCACUUUCAAAAGUCGGAAAUGUAAUAUUGUCACACUAUAAAAGACUAUGAACGCUUUCUGUAUGCUGGAAACAUUAUUUAAAGGGGCCAAAUCAGUCCUAAUUGAGUUUCAGGGAGAAACAGUGGUUUUAAGAGACAUCUGCGUUCCACACAAGCGUAAGACAGUGAUUUAAAGUGUCCUAAUUUAUGAACAUUGACAGUAUAAUGUCUUUUUUAUAAAUAUAUAUACAUAUAAUGUUUGAUGUUGAAAAUGUGGAAUCUUUACAUUUUGUUGUUCUUAAAAUGCUUUCUUGAUCAUGGUAUGCCCAAAAAUGACGGAAGAACCCACCAUGUCUCAUGCAGUCAAACAUGAGAACGUAUAUGCAGAGUCAUGACUCACGUCUGAACCCAAGAGUGGUUUGUUUCAGUGGAAUGUACCUGAAAGGCACUUGUAAUAUCUUACAGUUCCUGUCAAAUCUCUCACAAACAUUCAGUGCUUUCACAUCCUUAAUGUCUAGUGCAGCCUUUAUGUCGUGUGAUGACCACUGUGAAUAAUUCACGGAGAGCUCGGUUUGUCUAUUCCUGUAGCAAAUUAUUGAAAAUUAUCUACAAAAAAAAAAAAAAUCAGAGAAAUAUAUGAUUAUAAUUUUUAAAUAGUUCUGAAUUAAAUGUGAAUCUGUGUAGCAGCACU